AAAUAACUUCAACCAAUUCAAAUACAAAUUACUUUGUCUAAAACUCCAAAAAAAAUAUGUUUUCCCUUUCAAAAAUGCCUUCAACAACAUCAGUUCUAUCAGCAUAUACAACUUUAACUGCUUCAGCAGUUCUAGUUAGAACUUUAGUCUCUGAGGUUAAAAACAUGACAAACCAACUUAUACCCAAAAAUCUCCAAGACAAAAUAUUGUCUAAAGUUGGAAUCUUUAUAGGAAAUAUUUCUCCCCAAAUUACCCUCAUCAUUGAAGAAAACAAUGGUAUCACUCCAAAUGAAAUAUUUGAAGCCUCUAAACUAUACUUAGGGACUAUAGUGUCCUCUUCAGCACAAAGAGUCAAAAUCUCUAAAGCAGAGAAAGAAAAGAAAUUUGCUGUCAACAUUAGCAAAGAUGAGAAAAUCAUUGAUAUAUUUGAAGGAGUUGAACUUAUUUGGGAGUUGAAAGUUGUGGAGAGUCAAAAGACAAGUUGUGAUGAUGGUUAUUUUUCUUUAGAUAAAGUUGAAAAAACAUGGUAUGAACUUAGUUUUAUUAAGAGUUACAAAGAAAUGGUGAUGAAAACUUAUUUGCCAUUUGUUCUUGAAAGAUCAAAAGCUAUAAAGGAGGAAAACAAGGUGAUAAAACUUUCUCCACUUGGUAUUUAUGUUGAAGAAAGUGUGAAUCUUGAUCAUCCAUCGACGUUUGAUACAAUAGCAAUGGAUCCUGAAGAGAAGAACAAAGUUAUAGACGAUUUAGAACGAUUUGUUAGGAGAAAAGAUUACUACAGAAGAGUUGGCAAGGCAUGGAAAAGGGGAUAUUUGUUGUAUGGACCACCAGGAACAGGCAAGUCUAGCUUGAUUGCAGCUAUGGCUAAUUACUUGAAGUUUGAUGUAUAUGAUUUGGAACUUUCAAGCAUGCGUGGUAACGCUGAUUUCAGAAGAAUGUUAGUCUCUACCAACAACAGAUCAAUAAUUGUUAUUGAAGACAUUGAUUGCACCAUUCAACUACACAAUCGAGAUGAUGGUGCACAGAAUUUCAAUGAUAGUGAAAGUCAGGUUACACUUUCUGGAUUGCUGAACUUCAUUGAUGGACUAUGGUCGAGUUGUGGAGAUGAAAGAAUAAUUGUGUUCACUACCAACUUUAAAGAAAGACUAGACCCUGCAUUGAUAAGGCCAGGAAGAAUGGACAUGCACAUUCACAUGUCCUAUUGCACUCCUAGUGGAUUCAAGAUCCUUGCUUCAAACUACCUUGGCCUUGAAAAACACUACAAAUUCCGUGAAAUAGAAGAGCUUAUAACUGAAGUGAAUGUGACACCAGCAGAGAUUGCAGAAGAGCUAAUGAAAAGUGAUGAAGCAGACAUUGCACUUGAUGGACUAAUUAAGUUUAUCAACAAGAAGAAAGAAGAUCGCAAAGACAAAAUCAUUGUAGAAAAUGAAGUUGAUGAGAUAAUAGAUGAAGCCAAAAAGACGAGAAAACAUAAGGGGAAAUCAAGGAGAGGAGGAAGAAACAAGCGUAAAAUUUACUAAGUUAAUAAAAAUUUACUUGUGCUAUGUACUUUUUGCAUUCUCAUUCCAUGUCUUUGCUAAUGUUCUGUAACAAUGGUUGCCAAACCAACAUACAAUGAGUUCCACCUGUUACUUCCCACCAACAAAGGUGCAUGAUAACGAUGUGAAAUAAGAACGUUAUACGA